AACUCGACCCAGCUACAACUCUAUCUUUCGACGACUGCACCCGAAAAUACCCACCCUCGAAAAAACCACAACCACACGCAAACGAAAAUCAUGGCUUCAGAACAAACAUUCCGCGCCACGACCACGGCACCGGUCAACAUCGCCGUGGUCAAGUACUGGGGCAAGCGUGACCCCAAGCUCAACCUCCCCACCAACUCGUCCCUCUCCGUGACCCUCGCCCAAUCCGACCUUCGCACCCUCACAACCGCGACCUGCUCGUCCGACCGCCCCGCCGCUCAGGGCGACAGCCUGAUCCUCAACGGUGAGGAGUCGGACGUCUCGGGCGCCCGCACCCAGGCCUGCUUCCGCGAGCUCCGCGCCCGCCGUAGGGUCCUCGAGGACGCCGACUCCUCGUUGCCCAAGCUGUCGACCUUUGCCCUCAAGAUCGUCACCGAGAACAACUUCCCCACCGCCGCCGGUCUCGCCUCAUCGGCUGCCGGCUUCGCCGCCCUCGUCCGCGCCAUCGCCGACCUGUACCAGCUCCCCGACAGCCCCGCCGAGCUGUCCAAGAUUGCACGCCAGGGUUCCGGCUCCGCCUGCCGCAGUCUGUUCGGCGGCUAUGUUGCCUGGAGGGAGGGUACCGCGGCCGACGGGUCCGACUCGCUGGCUGAGCAGGUCGCACCGGCGUCGCACUGGCCCGAGAUGCGGGCCAUCGUGCUCGUCGCCAGCGCCAUGAAGAAGGGCGUCAGUUCGACCUCGGGCAUGCAGCAGACCGUCGCCACCUCGACCUUGUUCAAGCAGCGCAUCGCAGAGGUGGUGCCCGCCAACAUGAAGACCAUGGAGGAGGCGAUUCAGAACCGGGACUUUGCCUCCUUUGCCGAGGUGACGAUGCGCGACAGCAACUCGUUCCACGCCACCUGCGCCGAUACCUACCCGCCCAUCUUCUACAUGAACGACACCUCGAGGGCGGCGAUCCGGGCUGUCGAGGCCAUCAACGCCGCCGCUGGAAGAACCAUUGCCGCCUACACAUUUGAUGCCGGCCCCAACGCCGUAGUCUACUUCCUGGAGCAGGAUGCCAAGGUGGUUGUUGGAAGCUUUGCCAAGAUUGUUGGUAGCGUGGAUGGCUGGAAGGAGGGUGCAAAGGACUUUGCCGCCCAGGGUGUGGAGAUAGAUGAGGCUGUUGCUGGCCUGUUGAAGAAUGGCAUUAGCAGAGUUAUCAUGACUAGCGUUGGCGAGGGCCCUGUCAAGUCGGAUCAACACUUGGCCUGAGCAACACGGCCCGCGGUCUGAUCCAGGGAUUGAGCGGCAGGCACGGGCAUUUGAGCCUGGGGUAUCUAUCUAUUUUUGAUUUUGGUCCCUUCACACGAUUAAUGUUAGCUCCAGGCAGAGAAAAAAAAAACCUGCAAAUUUGCUCUAUAGAUAGAUUAUGACUCUUAGCGCUGUCAGCUAAUUACUAUAGGAAAAGGAUUCAGCCACGUUGCCCUUUCAUGCCUGCAUUUCUGCUGUAGCUGUUGAGACAUUUUGUGAGACGACUGGGCUGCUCGAC